GUCGUUUGACCGUGGCUACUCAACUUGCUCGGUCGUUUGACCGUGGAUACUCUACUUUUUUUCUGUCAUUCGACCAUACUGAUACUUUACUUUUUCUGAUCAUUCAACCAUACUCAUACUUUACUUUUUUUGGUCAUUCGACCAUACUAAUACUUUACUUUUUUCAGUCACUCGACUAUACUCAUGCUCUACUUUUUUGGUCAUUCGACCAUACUGAUACUCUACUUUUUUCGGUCACUCGACCAUACUCAUACUUUACUUUUUCGGUCAUUCGACCAUACUAAUACUCUACUUUUUUCAGUCUUUCAACCGUUGCGCUUAUAUAACCGUAUCAUCUCAACUUGCUCAUCUUAAGGACUAAUACUGUCAAGAAAUUGCUAUGUAGUAGGAAUUGCUCAUCUCAAGGACUUGCUUCUCAUCAGCCUUGAACAUUUGUUACAGUCACAUUGUUUAUAGAACAUCUCUGUUGACCAUGCUGACAGGAGAACUCUGCAUUUGUCAUAAUCUGUUUUAGAAUGAAAGCUGUUUAAGCAAGGAACAGUCCUUGCAUAGUUGAUGCUAUAUACACUAAUGCAUAGCUAGCUUCAUAACUCAAAACAUCAAUAAAGUGUUGGCGAACACAAAUCUACAUACAUCCUCUUAGAUUCCAAUACCAUUACCACAAUUCCCAAGUCUCACUAGCAUUUAACAAGUAGAUUAGAGUUGCAGCACCCCUGGUCACACCCUUGGCAGCUUUGAACUCGAGAUGUUCAUGUGGUUCUCAUGCUUUAAAUACAAGUCUUCUCUGGAGGUUCCUUUUCGCACUUCCACCAUCCAUCUUCCAAAGUCAUGCUUUGCUCCCUCAGGUAAAGAAUAUGGCACAUCAAAAUUACACCCCCAUCUUUCAACAGCAGAACACUGCACGUUAUAAGAAGGCCUUGGAUAUGUUUCGACUCGACCAUUCAAGUUGCCACCAAAGUCCCAAGAGUGAUCAUUCCCAGGCUUGAUGGUAGAAGGCAACCCCACAGGGAUGUCAACGGGCCCCGCGGGGCCGGGGAGUGCCUCCCCGUCCCCGUCCCCGCGAAUGGCAGGGAUGGGGAUCCCCGCAGGGAUUUUUGACGGGGGGCAGAUUUUGCCCCCCGUCCCCGUUCCCCACGGGGAAUGCGGAUCCCCGCGGGGAUCCCCAUUCCCCACCAACUAAUAACAAAGUAUAUAUUUUUUG